UCGAAGAAAAAGAGUGAAGAAAGAUGGCUACGGUGGCGCUGAUGUUAAUUGCAGCAUCACUUUUGAUGGGAUGCAGCAUUCAAGCAAAAGCCACGGUGGUUCCUGCCCGCCAAGUUAUAAAUUUGGGUGGGAAAGUGAUGUGCCAGGACUGCACCAAGGGCUAUGGGGAAUGGGCUCAAGGCAGCCAACCCAUCAAAGGUUGCAAGGUAUCAGUGACAUGCAUGGAUGACAGAAGCAGAAUCAUGUAUUAUGGAAGUGAUGAAACCGAUGAGCAAGGGCAGUUCAACAUGGUUGUGAACAAAUUCAUCAACGGGAAAGAAUUGCAGGCAAAAUCAUGCUUGGUAAGGCUGGUUUCUUCCCCGCAUCCUACUUGCAACAUUCCCAGCAACUUCGCCGGAGGACAGAGAGGAGUAAAGCUCCCAAUUAGACCUACUGUUGUCUAUCGUGGUUUGGUUCAAUAUCAACUUGACACCUUCUUCUACACUACCCCAAGGUGUGACAAACCAGCGGCCACCCAUGAUUCCUCUGAAUGCCAUGGAAACAAUAAUUACUAAUUAUGUUUAUGGAGAGAAACAUACUUUCAUUAUAUUCUUCAUAAUCAUCUUUUAUUGUAUCCAAUUUGAGGCCACUUUUUUUUUUAAAUGAAUAAGUACUAUACAGUAUGUAAUUUUUUUAUUUGUUAUUUUUUUUUUGAUUUUGUU